GUUGAAGAAAAGAAUAGUUUUGAAGUCCGCCUGGCUUAUAACGUUGUAACUAUUACAUUCAAACUCAGCGCUUAACUGGGCGCUAUCAAUUCAAGCACUUCGUCUCUUCUUAAGUCCCUCGGGGUGCCUUUAUCUUCCCGAUAUCUGCCAACGGAAAAUCACACUGAUCCACACAGAACUUUAUGACUAGCUCAGGAGACUUCUACGAACGGAACCUCCUUGGUCACAUCGAAUACCGAUCGUCCAAACCUAUCAAGGUUUACGAGAAAUGGUCGGAUGUGAACGAUAUCCACACCAUCAUCAAAACAGUUGAAACGUUCAUCAGGGCAAGCGGUGAUUUGGCUGAAUUUCGACAAACCGUACGAGACAAAUCCGAUGAAAUUUAUCUAUACUCACCACUGCAAAGGAUAUUUCGCACGAUCGAGGGUGCAGCGGCAGAAGUGACAGGAUACAAAAGAUCACAGUUUCAUCAGGUGGUGUCAAUGGACGAACGCGCGGGCCCCAAUGCUGAAAAUAUGUCUUUUCCUGACAAGAAGCCUGUCUUUGUCCUUGCUGAAGUACCCCCAGCGUCGGGGCCACUGACUCCUGUCAUCGAUGAUGAAGUCAAGUGGAGGCAGAUUUGCAGUUUCAUUGAAGUCAGACCUGACUUCAAGGACAGUCCCAAUACGACCAACACCGCAGUUGUCAAACAGAUCGUGUCGCAAGGAGCCGAUUAUGCAAGGCUCAUCAUGGUCUCACGACCGUUCCAGCUUUAUGUCCUGUGCGUCUUCAUUUACGGCCACAAAUUCUGCCUCGGUUGGUAUGACCGUCGAGGAGUCAUCCUGUCCGACGACUAUGACAUCGACGACAAUCUUGAUAUUCUAGUCAAUGUAGUCCUUCAGCUAAACACCCACAUGACUGACUAUCAGCUCGGACAUGACAGGUCGGCUUGCUUACUUGAAGGACAUUCGUACUACCAGGUUGAAUAUCCUUCCUUCUUGGUCAGCAUGGGUACAGAUGGCGAAACGCUUCUGUGGAAGACUAUGGGUCCUCCCAUAUGGUCUUCUUUGUCUUUACUAGGUCGCGGUACAGCCACGUGGCGAGCCAUAUCGGUUGGAAACAAGAAGGAAGUUGUUGUCCUUGAAAAUUAUAUGGAGGUCGCAAACUCGGAAAAGCGAAUCCAGCGCGUCGCUGAACUGAGUCUUGGCGAUAAUGUCCGUAUUCCUGUAAUAAAGGAGAUGCACACUCAUGUUACAGUCGGCACACUCCGUUCUCUUAUUCUUAGCGAUGAUGAUGUUAACAUCUCCGAUGAUCCUAUCCUCCAUCGUCUCGUGCUAAAAACUGUGGGACGCCCUUUGUGGGAUGCCGAAACAACGAAAGAAUUUAUUCUGGGAUCUCUCGCUGCACUCAAAGGACAUCGAGCACUCGUGGAGCAGGGCAUUCUACAUCAAGACAUAAGUCCAGGCAACAUCUUUCUCGGUGAUCCGAACUGUGCUGAAGUCUCAUCGCAUCCGCUCUCCCCCUCCACGAGCCAGUUGAACACCAGAGGCAUCUUUUGCAAGGACACCGUUCCAUCAAGCUCAGAGGUUCCUGGCGCAGAGAUUCCGGGCACUACUUUGUUCAUGGCCGGAGAACUUCUGGACAUGAUGCUUCUCCCAGACGAGUUCAAGACAGCUUGUCCCGAACAUAUUGAACGUGGGGUACAUCAUGACCUAGAGUCUUUCAUUCUUGUUUUAUUCUAUGUUGUCGUGAGACGCGGUCUCAACCGCCGGCUCUGGGAUGAGGAUCCAGUGACUGGAUAUUGGACCAAAGAACUUUACCGCACGCUGUUUGGUGGCCAUACCAUUUCGGAGAUCCACAUAGGACGGUCCUCAUUUUUGGGACGACAACCGCUGUAUCUUUUCGGGGCUGUUGACGCUCCGAUGACAGCACUACUUUAUGCGGAUAUUUUGGCGCAAAUGAAUCACAGGAUGCAAUGGGGGAGUACCUUGGACGGACCGAAGUUGAUCAUUUACGCACAAUUGCAAGAUGUAUAUGACGUAGCGAUCAGCAACCUUUCAGCAGCGAACGAGGAACAUCGAUAG